AUGGAUCUUAGCGAAGAAGUUAGGCAAGCUCACAAGCGAGAGUUCGCCGAUUUCCUGGACCAAGAUAUCGGAAAGAGCAUUUACAUGGACGCAAUCAAAGCUCUAAUCAACCACAAGCGCCGUCGUCUCAUCGUCAACAUCUCUGAUCUCCACAACUACCAGGAUUUGGGUAACAGGAUUCUGAGAAAUCCGAGUGAGUAUAUGCAGUCAUUCUGUGAUGCGGUGACUGAUGCUGCUCGUGCUAUUGAUCCAAAGUAUUUGAAGGAAGGGGAACAGGUUCUUGUGGGACUUGAAGGCCCUUUUGUUUCUCGCAGGGUUACUCCUAGGGAUCUUCUUUCUGAAUUCAUAGGUUCUAUGGUUUGUGUUGAGGGCAUUAUCACCAAAUGUUCUCUUGUAAGGCCAAAGGUUGUUAAAAGUGUUCAUUUCUGCCCAACCACUGGUAGCUUCACGCACCGUGAUUAUCGAGAUAUUACAUCUAAUUUGGGUUUGCCCACUGGGUCUGUGUAUCCCACAAGGGAUGAAAAUGGCAACUUACUUGUGACUGAGUAUGGGCUGUGCAAAUACAAGGAUCAUCAAACUUUGUCCAUGCAGGAAGUCCCUGAAAAUUCUGCGCCUGGUCAGCUCCCAAGAACAGUGGAUGUCAUAGCAGAGGACGACCUUGUUGAUUCUUGCAAGCCUGGGGAUCGUGUGGCUGUUGUUGGGAUAUAUAAGGCUCUUCCAGGAAAAAGCAAAGGCAGUGUUAAUGGUGUAUUCAGGACUGUGCUCAUAGCCAACAAUGUAGCUCUUCUCAAUAAAGAAGCUAAUGCUCCAAUCUACAGCCCUGAUGACCUUAAAGAGAUAAAAAAGAUAGCUGAAAGAGAGGAUACAUUUGACUUGCUUGGUAAUUCACUUGCCCCUUCCAUACAUGGACAUGCUUGGAUAAAGAAAGCAGUGAUUUUAUUGAUGCUUAGUGGAGUGGAGAAGAACUUAAAGAAUGGCACUCAUUUGAGAGGUGACAUUAACAUGAUGAUGGUUGGUGAUCCCUCUGUUGCCAAGUCCCAACUUUUGAGAGCAAUUAUGAAUAUUGCCCCCUUGGCCAUAUCAACUACAGGUCGGGGUUCUUCUGGGGUUGGUUUGACAGCAGCGGUUACUUCAGAUCAAGAAACAGGAGAAAGAAGGCUAGAAGCUGGGGCAAUGGUUCUUGCUGACAGAGGUGUUGUCUGCAUUGAUGAAUUUGACAAAAUGAAUGACCAAGAUCGUGUAGCUAUACACGAAGUUAUGGAACAGCAGACUGUAACUAUUGCUAAGGCUGGGAUCCAUGCAUCGCUUAAUGCUCGUUGCAGUGUGGUGGCGGCUGCAAAUCCCAUAUAUGGAACUUAUGAUCGUUCACUGACUCCAACUAAAAAUAUUGGACUCCCAGACUCCUUGCUUUCUCGAUUUGAUUUGUUGUUUAUUGUGUUGGAUCAAAUGGAUCCUGAUAUUGAUCGCCAAAUAUCAGAGCAUGUCCUGCGAAUGCAUCGAUUUCGUUCUGCCAUUGAUGGAGGUGAGGCUGCACAUGAUGGGAGUGCAAGAUAUGGACGAGAAGAGGAAGCUGAUACUGAGACAUCUGUCUUUGUCAAAUAUAACAGAAUGCUACAUGGAAAGAAAACUGAUAGAGGUCGCAAGCGCGAUACACUUACAAUUAAGUUUCUUAAAAAGUAUAUCCAUUAUGCCAAGCAUAGGAUUCAACCGGACUUGACUGAUGAGGCAUCUGACCAGAUUGCCACAGCAUAUGCUGAGCUCAGAAAUGCGAAUUCUAGUGCAAAGACUGGAGGAACACUUCCUAUAACUGCCAGAACUUUAGAAACCAUAAUACGUCUCUCAACUGCUCAUGCCAAAUUGAAGUUGAGCAGAAAGGUUACAAAGUCUGAUGUGGAUGCUGCUUUGAAGAUUCUUAAUUUUGCAAUAUAUCAUAAAGAGCUGACGGAAAUGGAUGAGCGUGAAGAGCGGGAAAGAGAACAGGAGAGGAAGCGUAAGGCUGAUGGUGAAAACAAUGGUCCUGACCGUGGCUCUAAAAGCAGAAGAGACUCAACAUCAGAUGCCAUGGAAGUAGACGAUACCUCAGCAGCCCAACCAGCUGUUGGUCUCACUCCUGAAAGAAUUGAAGCAUUCAAUUCCCUAUUUGGUCAGCAUAUGCGUGCCAAUCGCUUGGAUCAAAUAUCUAUUGCAGACAUAGAAGAUGUGAUCAAUAGAGGAGCUGGUUCCACUUACAGCUCGGCAGAUAUAUUGCUCCUGUUAGAGAAAUUGCAAGAAGACAAUAGAUUGAUGAUAGUUGAUGGAAUGGUGCAUAUGGUAUCAUAA